AUGGCUACUACUACUGUCUCAAUUAUCGAGCAGCCCAGCGCUGCAAUCAAGACCGUUGAUGAUGGCAGAAUGAAGAUGGAUGGCCAGGACCCGGCGUACGGCGAUUGGCGUGAUGACCUUCUCAGAGACGGAUAUGCCGUGAUCAAGGCUGCUAUCCCAAGAGAACGCGCUGACGGCUAUGCGGACAAGAUGUACGGGCUUCUGGAAUCAUUCGGCCUCGGCUAUGAUCGAAACGAUCCAUCGACCGUUCAUCCCGACAAGCUGCCUGUGAUCAAUGAAAAGGGCAUGCUGAUGGCCUACGGAGCCUGCCAUGAAGACUUUGUCUGGGAUAUCCGCAGUGAACCCGGCGUAGUCGGUGCCUUCGAGAAGGUCUACGGCACUGAGGACCUCCUUGUUUCUUUCGAUGACCCCGAGAAGCCUGGAUUCCGCUGUCUCCAAGGCCUCGUCAACCUCCACCCCUGUGGCCCCGAUGAUGGCGGUCUCAUUGUAUGCAAGGGCUCCCACAACCUGAGCGCGCAGUUCCACAAAGACCUCAAGGACGAGCCGCGUAUCCCAGCUUGGACCAAAGAGUGGUAUGGUUUCACUGAUCGCGGCAUGGAGUGGCUGAAGGAGCACGGUGGCGAGUGGAUCAAGGUCUGCGCCGAUCCUGGUGACCUGAUCGUCUGGGACUCGCGCACUGCGCACUAUAACGUCCCCGUCAAGGGAAAGAUUGAUCGUAUGGCUGUGUACACUUGCUUCAUGCCUGUCACAGACGCCACCCAAGAACAUCUGGUGCGCAAGCAAGCCGCAUAUGAGUCUCGACUGGGCACCACCCAUUGGCCCAACGCUCGUCACACGGGGUCCAACACCGCCACCCGAAAUGGAAAGCCAGACCACAUUACCAGGGAGAGACCACUGAACGACAAGAAGUUGAGCGAGAGAGCUUUCAAGCUUACAGGUAUUCCUUACAUCCGGGUAUGA